CCGAUCAUCAGGCAAUUUAGAUAAAGGGCGAGCGUAGCAACUGUAUCAUCAAUUCGAGUGGUUCGUUAGCAGUAUGUAGAUCCGGGUUGGAUGCUAGAGGAAGAGAUUGAAGAUGGAAGCGCUAAUCGGGUUACGAAAUCGCACUUCAGGGCCGUACGAGUUCGACAAGAGAUGCAGACAGAGCUAAAGGCGAGUCGCUGAGUGUUCGGGUGAACUGAAGGCGAUUCGGUGAGGAAACGAUGGCUCAUAAGAGCAAAGUGAUGAAGAUGAAGACGAACUUUGAGAACGGCACACUAUUGUUCAAGUGUUCGAAAAGGGCGCCGUUUAAUGGCUAUGUGGACGUGCAUUAUGGAUCUAUAGAGCUGCAGCCCUCCGAAGGCGACGAGCCGUUCCAGCCUCUGGAAUCGACAGACGGUCCAGGCGCCGAUCCCAAAAUGGUAACCGUGCUGGAAACGCCGAUCCAGCAAAAAGACACUCCGGAACGCAGCUCAACAGCUGAGGAAGGCCGCAAAAGCCCCACCAGGCCCGAUGUGGAGGAGAAGCCGAAAAUUCGGCUCAGACUAGGCCUGGCCACUGAUCCCGCCCACAACCUGCUGGGACCGAUCAAAAGCGAACUGGAUGCGGCCAGCCAACCAACUGCCGAAUACCUGGCAACGCUGCCGCCGGCCAUCCAAUCGGCGCUGGCCAGUAGGGGGCUGCUGUUUCCCGCAGGUCUUAACUUGAAUGAAGCUGUGGUCGCCAUGGCGGCAGCUCAAAGAGCUGCCGCCUCCACUGAAGCCGUCCGCGCUGCAUCAGUCGAAAGUGUCUCCGCUUCCGAGACCAGCCGCACCUCAGUGCCAAUCUAUCAGUGUGUCCCUUGUGGCAUCAGGUUUUCUUCGCUCAGCACCUUGGAGGCCCACCAGACUUACUACUGUUCGCAUAGGCCCAACAAACCGUCGGAGGACGACCCGAAAACAAGUGGCGCCAGCUCGGAGACUGUGACCGGCCAAUCGGACGCCGAUAGUGGCGACCCCAGCGGCAAGGCGCUGCGCACCAGCAAACAGUACACGUGCAUGCACUGCUCCUACAGCGCAGACAAGAAGGUGAGCCUGAACCGGCAUAUGCGCAUGCACACUGUGUCGCCCGGGCCGGCAACUGCGCCUGCUAGCAGCGCCGCGCCGUUGCCCAACGGCGAACUGAGCGGCGCCGAGGUCCAAGACCGCUACUGCGCAGAGUGUGAUAUUAGGUUUAGCUCGCAGAAGACCUACAGGGCGCAUAAGAUGCACUAUUGCAACUCCCGGCAUGUGAUCAAGCCGACUGCAGCCCCCUCCAGCUGCACGUCCAGCUCGUCCCCUACGAGCCCAGCGGAUCCUUCGGCAUGUCGCACGCCUCCAUCCCCCGCUCCGCAACAGCAGCCCUUCCUGGCUCUCCCCACCAAUCCGAUCAUCAUUGUUCCUUACGCGCUUUUCCGAUCGGCGAGCGUUCUCCCCACUCUGUCCACGCCCAAUGGGGUGCCCAGUCCGGACACCCCCUGCUUUUUGCUGCCCAAUGGAACCCUCCAACCGAUGACAAGCGCGCUUUCGUCCGUCAACCUCCCCACCCAAGCGGAGGUGUUGAAGGCUGCCAACAAGAGCAACAAGGAGCCUACGGCUACCAGUGGGUUUAGGGAGACUUCGUCGGGGCCUUUGGACCUGACCAUGCGCAAGUCGCCCGAGAUGAAAAAGGACGGCGAUGAUGCGGACUACGACCAUGAGAAGGAGAACAUGAAGUCGCCGGAGAAGAUCGAAUGCGAGCCUUCGAUUCAAAGCUCGCCUUGUUCCACUCACUCGCCCGGGCUGAGCAGCCCCAAGAGGAAGUGCGAGGAUGCGUCCAGGAGCAACAGCCCCAGAGCGUCGAAAACCCCGAAGCUCUGCUUGGAGAAGUCGUCCAGAUCCACUCCAGAGGGGGGACUGGCGGCCCACUUUGACGCCCCGCCCGUUUUGCACCCUUUGCUGCUGCGAUCCGGCAACAUCUCCUCGCUAUUCCCUCCAGAGCUCCAGAUGCGGCUGAGCGACUUGGCACCGCUGCCUCCAGUGAUGCCGCAGGUGAUCGUCAAACAGGGCGUGUCCAAGUGCAAGGAGUGCAACAUUGUCUUUUGCAAGCAUGAGAACUACCUGGUGCACAAGAAGCAUUACUGCUUCGCCCGGCCGACGGAAGAUGACGCUUCAAAGACCAGCGGCAGCCCACCGGUUAGCCCCAGGAGCGGAGGCACCACCAGUCCAGCCGCCCAGUACCAGCAGCUCAUCUGCCUGGCGUGUGGCAUCAAGUUCACGUCGCCAGACAACCUCAACGCCCACCAGCAGUACUACUGCCUGAAGCGCAACGAGACUGAGCGCGAGCCGAAACGUUGCGGCAAAUGCCGGGGGAUUCUCGAGCCGGGCCAUCAGUGCGUCGCCCACUCCGCAGUAGCCGGAUGGAAGUGCCCCUGCUGCGACAUCAUCAGCGCAACUGCCAGCGCAGCGCAGCGCCACAUGGAAACGCACACGGGCGUCAAAGCAUAUCGAUGCACCAUUUGCAAGUACAAGGGCAACACUUUGAGGGGCAUGAAGACCCACAUUAGGAUGCACUUCGACAAGAGGUCGCCCGACCUACAGGAAGAAAAAUACAUCGCAUACAUACUGGAAGACGAUUCGGGGACAAGUGGAAUGGAGGUGGCAAUCGCGCCCAGUCUGCCCACCGAUGAGGGCGCUCCUCCCCCCAACAUAUCAGACCCGCGGCCGGACCCCCACCACCUUUGCCCUCAAUGUCCCUACAGCUCGCCUUACAAGGCGAACGUGGUGCGGCACAUCAAACUGGUGCACGACCAGGAGGAGAUGAGCAAUGGGGAGGAGCGGACGCAUAGGGGGCUGCCCCAGCUGGAGGACGACGACGAAAUCAUAAUCAAAAAGGAGGCGAUGGAACCGGAGGUGAUCAUCGAUGCGGCGGAUGGGGCCACCAUCAAAGAGGAACCGGAGACCUCGACUACUCCGAAAAUUUCCAAGACGCUGGAUGAGGAGAUUAUGCAGGAGGUGACCAAGCCGGGGGCGCAUUAUUGCAAGUCGUGCGACAUUUCCUUCAACUAUCCCACGUCGUUUAUCGCCCACAAGAAGUUCUACUGCCAAAGUCAUGCAGGCGAAAUCUCCAGCGCCAAUAACAACAACAACACCGCCCCGAGAACGGCGGAGACUUCAGUCUUAUAAUAGUUAGCUAUGGAAAUUCCAAAGACCCGACCUACAUUUGAACCACCCUGUACUGGACGAGUGAAUGUUGGGCUCGAUACAAUCAACCAUUUGAAAGCGUGCAUCAUUUAAAGAAGAAAAAAACAGUCAGUGCACAGUGAUCUUAGACAAAGAAAAAACUCGGAUUAUUGCUUCAUAUACAGGGUGGCCAGGAAAAGGUUGCACUAGACCUAGACUAGUUGUCAUUAAGUAUACGAAAAUUUAGAGCAAACGAGCACUGUUUUAAAUACAGGGUGAGCCAAAAGUGGCUAGUGUGCUAUACAGGGAGUGAGUGAGGUUUGGAAGAAAUAACAUUCCAAGCUUGACCAGCUUCGAGGUAUGGCAAUAGUAGGUUUAAGGUAGUUGGUAGGUGAAAAACCGCCCUGUAUAUGUUCUUGCGAACGGUCUCGUUUGGUUUGUGUUAAAGACGUGAAUCUGAACAGGCUAAAAGCAGGAUAGUUUGCAAUUAAUCUUCUCUGUCCAAUGUGUUUAUUGGUUCUGCUUCUAGCAGCUAGUAACCCGUGUUAUUUAAUGUAUAAUCAGGUAUAUAUAAUGUAUAAAACUGGUAUAGCGUAAGAUUUGUUUUGUAUAAAGUUAGAUUUUUAUUGAUUUGUCUAGUUUUAGUGAGUUGACUAACCGAAAUUGAUAAAUACGAAAUAAGCCAAAGCAUUCAUUUCCUCUACAAUGGAGAGUUUGAUCGGUUGGAUUCUGUUACAAAUAGGCUUUUAGUCGUUUUUGCGUAUGGUUAUUAUUAUUAUUAUUAUAUCUCUCGAUAGAUGUAAAAUAGAUCUACUACUAAUAUAGCUGUGAGGGCCAUCUGAAGCGCCUUUAGGUUCUUGGCACUACUGCAGUGAUGAUUACCGUUCUUGGAGACAAUAAAUUAUUUAUUUGUAAA